AUGGCUUCACACCGCAUCGGUCCGACUACGCUAGUCGCUAACAGCGCCACUCAGCCAACACACCCGACUACGCUAGUCGCUAACAGCGCCACUCAGCCAACACACCCGCCUAAGCUAGUCGCUAACAGCGCCACUCAGCCAACACACCCGACUACGCUAGUCGCUAACAGCACCACUCAGCCAACACACCCGACUAUGAUAGUCGCUAACAGCGCCACUCCGCCAACACACCCGACUACGCUAGUCGCUAACAUUGUCACUCAGCCAACACACCCGACUACGAUAGUCGCUAACUGCGCCACUCAGCCAACACACCCGACUACGCUAGUCGCUAACAGCGCCACUCAGCCAACACACCCGACUACGCUAGUCGCUAACAGCGCCACUCAGCCAACACACCCGACUACGAUAGUCGCUAACAGCCCCACUCAGCCAACACACCCGCCUAAGCUAGUCGCUAACAUUGCCACUCAGCCAACACACCCGACUACGCUAGUCGCUAACAGCACCACUCAGCCAACACACCCGACUAUGAUAGUCGCUAACAGCGCCACUCAGCCAACACACCCGACUACGCUAGUCGCUAACAUUGUCACUCAGCCAACACACCCGACUACGAUAGUCGCUAACUGCGCCACUCAGCCAACACACCCGACUACGCUAGUCGCUAACAGCUCCCCUCAGCCAACACACCCGACUACGAUAGUCGCUAACAGCGCCACUCAGCCAACACACCCGACUACGAUAGUCGCUAACAGCCCCACUCAGCCAACACACCCGCCUAAGCUAGUCGCUAACAUUGUCACUCAGCCAACACACCCGACUACGCUAGUCGCUAACAGCGCCACUCAGCCAACACACCCGACUACGCUAGUCGCUAACAGCGCCACUCAGCCAACACACCCGACUACGCUAGUCGCUAACAGCGUCACUCAGCCAACACACCCGACUACGAUAGUCGCUAACAGCCCCACUCAGCCAACACACCCGCCUAAGCUAGUAGCUAACAGCGCCACUCAGCCAACACACCCGACUACGCUAGUCGCUAACAUUGUCACUCAGCCAACACACCCGACUACGCUAGUCGCUAACAGCGCCACUCAGCCAACACACCCGACUACGCUAGUCGCUAACAGCGCCACUCAGCCAACACACCCGACUACGAUAGUCGCUAACAGCGCCACUUAG